GAGGUUCAGUCCAACAUGGCGGUGCACAAGCUUCGUUCUUUGCCUGCUGUCAUUUUCCUUCUUUCUGCUGCUGUUCUCGCUUUUCCCAACCCAAAACAGUCGACCUGUGGAUAUAAGUCAUGUCCAGCAACAAAGCCAUCGAUGCUGAAUGUGCACUUGGUGCCUCACACACAUGAUGAUGUCGGCUGGCUUAAGACUGUGGAUCAGUACUUCUAUGGAGGUCGUAAUGACAUCCAGCAUGCUGGUGUUCAGUACAUCCUGGACUCGGUGGUGGCGGAGCUGCUGAAGAAUCCAGCACGCAGGUUCAUUUAUGUGGAAACGGCAUUUUUCUACCGCUGGUGGAAACAGCAAGAUGAGGACAUGCGCCGCAUCGUCACUGAACUGGUGGAUGAGGGUCGUUUGGAGUUUAUCAACGGUGGUUGGUGUAUGAGUGAUGAAGCCACCACCCACUACAGUGCUGUGAUUGAUCAGAUGACACUAGGUCUCCGUUUUCUGAACGAGACAUUCGGUGAAUGUGGGCGGCCCCGAGUGGCCUGGCACAUCGACCCGUUCGGCCACGCACGUGAGCACGCCUCCAUGUUUGCCCAGAUGGGAUACGAUGGCUUCUUCUUUGGCCGCCUGGACUAUCAGGACAAAGAAAGCAGGAUGCAGAAGAGAGAGAUGGAGAUGGUGUGGAGAGCAAGUGAGAGUUUGAAACCCCCCAUGGCUGACCUCUUCACUGGUGUUCUCCCUAAUGGUUACAACCCUCCAGCUGGAUUCUGUUGGGAUCAGUCCUGCUCUGAUGAGCCUGUAAAGGAUGACCCAGACUUGGAAGAUUACAACGUGGACCAGCUGGUGGACAAAUUCAUUAACAUUUCAUACACACAGGCUAAGACGUACAAGUCGAACCACAUCAUCAUGACGAUGGGCUCUGAUUUCCAGUACGAGAACGCUAACCCGUGGUACAAGAACAUGGACAAACUGAUCCGUUAUGUCAAUGCACGACAGGCGAAGGGCAGCAAAGUCAACGUCUUUUACUCCACCCCUUCUUGUUACUUGCAGGAACUGAACCAAGCUGACCUCACCUGGCCUUUAAAGACUGAUGACUUUUUCCCUUAUGCGGAUGAUGCUUACGAUUUCUGGACUGGUUACUUUACCAGCCGACCAGCACUGAAACGUUAUGAGCGCAUCAGUAACAGUUUACUGCAGACGUGUAACCAGCUGGAAGUGCUCGGUGGCCCAAAAUCAAGAAAAGGCCCCUUUGGAGCAGGAGACAGUGACACGCUCAAGCGUGCGAUGGCUGUAGCACAACAUCACGAUGCAGUUUCUGGCACUGAGAAACAGCAUGUUGCCUAUGACUAUGCAAAGAGGUUGGCGAUUGGCUGGGAUCACUGUCAGGUGUUGGUCAAAAACUCUCUGGCGGUUCUGAGUGGUUCUGACAUGACUCGUGUAUUUUGUGAGAAUCUGAACAUCAGUGUGUGUCCUCUCACCGAGAACAGCAAACAGUUCUUAAUGACUGUGUAUAAUCCUCUUGCUCGUCCUGUGAGCUGGUCAGUUCACCUGCCUGUUAAUGGAACUGCAUACAACAUAACGGACUCCAGCAGCACAGUGGUGGACAGUCAGGUGAUCCCUGUGUCUAAAGCCACUCAGGAUUUAAGAAGAAAUCAGAGUUAUGCUCAGUUUGAGUUGGUGUUCAGGGUCCAGGCUCCAGCGCUGGGCUUUAACACCUACACUAUUACAGUGCUGCAGAAUGACACUGACCCGUUCCCACCCAAAUCCAGAGUCCCACCCUCCAUCCAAAAUCAGUAUCUAAAGGUAAACUUUGACACUGACACGGGACUGCUGAGCGGACUGACCAACCUGAAAACACAACAGACCAUCAAGCUCACACAGAACUUCUACUGGUACAAUGCUAGUGUUGGUAACUCUGAGAGCAGUCAGCCAUCGGGGGCAUACAUUUUCAGACCAAGUUCUUCUACACCCUUCAUCGUUAACAAGAAACCAGAAGUCACUGUGUUACAGAACUCUGUGGUGCAGGAGGUCAGGCAGCAGUUUAGCUCAUGGGUGUCUCAGGUUGUGCGUUUGUAUGCUGAGAGCAGAGAGCUUGAGCUCGAGUGGACUGUAGGACCCAUUCCAAUCGGUGACGGUGUAGGUAAGGAGGUGAUAACGCGCUUGGACACAAACAUAGACACGAAUGGAUACUUCUAUACUGACUCAAACGGAAGAGAGAUUCUGGAGAGACGGAAAGACUAUCGGCCCACGUGGAACCUGAAUCAGUCGGAGCCAAUAGCGGGCAAUUAUUAUCCAAUAAACACUCGUUCUUUUAUAAAGGAUGGUCAGAACCAGCUGUCGGUGGUGACCGAUCGCUCUCAGGGAAUCAGCAGCAUCUAUAACGGCUCGCUGGAGAUAAUGGUGCACAGGCGGCUCUUGCGAGAUGAUUACCGGGGCGUGGGUGAGCCUCUCUCUGAGCCGGGCGAAUAUAACGAAGGCCUGUCUGUCCGUGGUCGCUUCCUGCUGGCUCUCACUUCACCUGAAAGCGCAGCUGAUACACACCGUCCACUUGGGCAGGAGCGAGUCUUCCAGCCACUACUGUCCUUCCAACAGGGGGCAACACAGAGCACCACACCACAGUUCUCAGGUCUAAGUGCUGAACUGCCCCCUUCUGUCCAUUUGCUCACACUGUCUCAAUGGAACGACGACUCGGUGCUGCUCAGACUGGAACAUCAGUACCAAAGCAAAGAGAGUUCGGAACACUCACAACCGGUUACUGUCAAUCUACAGAAACUCUUUUCCACUCUGAAGGUAGUGGGGGCAUCGGAGAUGAGUCUGGGGGCCAAUCAGUGGAAAGAAGAUAUGAAGCGCAUGCAGUGGAACCCCAGUAGUGACAAUCUUGUGAAGCCCCUGCAUGAGAACAUGGAUGACCCCUCUCCGUGGGAGAUCACACUAAACCCAAUGGAGAUUCGCACAUUCCUGCUGCAAGUGCACCAGAAAUAGCCUUUAUCACAGACGUAGCCACUCAGGAAUAAGUGCCAAAUGGAACUAGCCAAUCACAAUUCAGCAAGGGUUUAGUAAAAGAGAAAAAUUGAUUUGGAUACUAUAGACUCUAAUCUCACUAAGUGCACUAUCACAAACUUUUCUAUUUACACAUGUGGUGAAUUAUUUCUUGAUUUUUUGGGUGGUUCCUUUAAUGGAUUGUGAAAGAUAUUAUCAAAUCAGUUUUGUGGUUUUGUGGUAUUAUAAUAUCUGAUUAGCUUCCUGCUCUAUGUGCAUUGUUUAUAGCUGGUAAAAUGUCCAGGCUAGCCAGCUAAAUGGUUUACAGUUUUAAUGCAUUUUUAAAAGUUCGUUAAAAUUAAGUAGAUCUCUUUGGUUGAAAUGAAGUUAAUCUAAGUGUCUUAGUGAUCAUGAAUGUCCCAAAGCCUCACUUUACCUUUCUGGAUUUAAGGGUCUUGAUAACUGUUAUGCCUUAAGAACAACGUGUAAUUCAGACAUGCUGGAAAUGUGUAGUUAAAGUUUUAAUACUGUUCAACACUGCUCCUUACAUAACAUGCCUCCUGUUCCAUAAAUACUAACUUACCUAAGCGGCAGAAAUCUAAAGUUGCUCAUUUUAAACUUAGACUGAUUGCUGCUUUGCCUUUUGGAUACAUUCACUUUCUAAUAGCUUGACAAUGUGAGACAGCUUAGUACAGAAUCUCACUGCCACAACUGUAGUAUUAUUAGACGCUGGUCAUAAAGUUCUGUCUUGAAUUGCAUUACUUGUGGCCCGCCAGCACAGUCAAACAGAACAAAAUAAUAAAGUAUAUUAAUUCAA